UCUAUAGGUAUUACCUAUCUGUUGCGCGCCGAGCGCGGUGUAGGCGCCACGACCGCGCACGGCCGCCCGCCCAGCACUAGUACGCGACCCGUAAACAAAUCACUACGCGACCGGCGCGACAUAAACCCAACUCAAUCUCUGUGAACCAAAGGUCCAUUCCAACUCUUGUGCAGUGGCAAAAGAUUUUUGUGUCUCCUGCUGACGUUUUGUAGUGAAAUUGAUGUUGAGACCGGCUAGAGUAAAAGUUCUGUCAGCCACCCACGGAUUGUAGUAGUGCUGUAGUACAACGACAGACCUGCCCACUGGGCAAUGCACCGAGAUAUCGCUGAUAAGAUUGUAACCCAAGCAAUAAUAAAAAAACAUAGACAUGAUGGAGUGGGCCUUAGACUACAAUUUUCCUAAAUAUAAUGGAAAUAUUUUUUAUGUCCUGCCAGUAGCAAGCGUGGAGUCACGGUGAGUGGGCAUGGAGGGCGCGGACGGCGACGACCUGUUCGACUGGGAGGUGUACCUGCCUGCACUCAACGCCAGCUGGAAUGGUUCGUGGGUGCAUAACGCCUCCGCGCCGCUCAACGCCACGCUGCCCGCCUCCGCGCCCUUCGACUCGCCCGCAGCGCUCGUACGCGCCGCCAUCAAAGCCGUCGUUCUCGGCUUACUUAUUCUUGCUACUGUAGUCGGUAAUGUAUUUGUGAUAGCAGCCAUACUGCUGGAGCGGCAUUUGCGCAGCGCGGCUAACCAGCUGAUCCUGUCCCUGGCGGUGGCGGACCUGCUGGUGGCGUGUCUGGUCAUGCCCCUGGGCGCCGUAUACGAGGUGGCCCAGCGCUGGACGCUGGGGCCGGAGCUGUGCGACAUGUGGACCUCGGGCGACGUGCUCUGUUGCACAGCGUCUAUACUCCAUCUCGUUGCUAUUGCACUGGAUAGGUACCGGGCUGUGACUAAUAUUGACUAUAUACACGCGAGAACUGCUCGUCGAGUAGGCCUUAUGAUAGCUUGCGUGUGGAUUGUAAGCUUCUUAGUGUGUAUCGCACCAUUGUUGGGUUGGAAGGACCCCGACUGGAACCGCCGCGUAUCCGAGGAUCUGCGAUGCGUCGUCAGCCAGGACGUGGGAUAUCAAAUAUUCGCUACAGCAUCCUCAUUCUAUGUACCAGUACUGAUUAUAUUAAUAUUGUACUGGAGGAUAUACCAAACUGCCAGAAAAAGAAUACGUAGGCGAAGAGGAGCGACAGCUCGUGGUGGCGUGGGACCGCCGCCUGUGCCGUCGGGAGGAGCGCUGGUCGCAGCUGGUGGCAGCGGGGGGAUCGCAGCCGCGGUCGUCGCGGUCAUCGGCCGCCCUUUACCGACAAUUUCAGAGACAACAACUACGGGUUUCACCAACGUGUCAUCCAAUAAUACGAGCCCCGAAAAGCAAUCUUGCGUCAACGGCUUAGAGGCAGACCCGCCUACCACGGGUUACGGAGCCGUAGCGGCCGCCUAUUAUCCAACGUUAGUGAGGCGUAAACCAAAAGAAGCUGCCGAUUCUAAGAGAGAAAGAAAAGCAGCAAAAACUUUGGCAAUAAUAACCGGUGCGUUCGUCGCGUGCUGGCUUCCAUUCUUUGUACUAGCUAUCCUUGUGCCGACGUGCGACUGCGAGGUGAGCCCGGUGCUGACGUCGCUGUCACUGUGGCUGGGCUACUUCAAUUCAGCGCUGAACCCUGUGAUCUACACGGUGUUCAGCCCGGAGUUUCGCCACGCGUUCCAGCGCCUGCUGUGUGGCCGUCGCUCGCGCCGCCGUCGCGCUCCCCCGUAGCCCAUACACACCCACCCUAACCUUACCUGACUGACCUCGUCUAGCUCGUCGAUACAUUAUGUUACCUUGUUACAUUUUUCAGAGAUAUAUUUACACCCCUUUAUUUUUUGUACGUGAUGAAUGUGAAUACGAUUACCUGUCUAGUAAAUAACUUAAAAUUCUCAAUACUAA